GAGACUUCAGAGCUGAGCUCUGCCACCAUCAGAGUUUAUUGAAGGACAGUGAGAAGAUGAGUGAUCCAGAACCCUGCAGAAUUAAACAGGAAGAGACUGAAGAACUAAUAGAUGUGGUGGUGAAGGAGGAGAGUGAAGAACUGAGUGAAGAUGAGGAGAAACAUCAUGUCAAAAGUGAAACUGAAACUCACACAAAUACCGAACAUAGUUUUUCAGUGGAAGCAACAGACGGGAAAGGUUUCACCUGCACUCAGUGUGGAAAGAGUUACCGGGACAAACACAUUCUCAAGCAUCACAUGAUGAUCCACACUGGAGAGAAACCUUACAAGUGUUCACACUGCGAGAAGGGGUUCAUUCGUUUAGGAAACCUGAAAACACACGAGAGAACCCACACUGGAGAGAGACCACACAAGUGUGAUCAGUGCGGCAAAACAUUUUUUAUUUCUUCAGAUCUGAAGAAACACGUUAGAGUUCACACAAACGAGAAGCCGUAUUCAUGCUCUGAGUGUGGAAAGAGUUUUACACAGACGUCAAAUUUAAAAGCACAUCAGAAGAUCCACACCGGUGUGAGAGAGUUUGUCUGUUCUGAGUGUGGGAAGAGUUUUAUUACAGCUGCGCACUUGAAGCUGCACCAGAUGAUUCACACUGGAGAGAAACCGUACAAGUGUUCACACUGCAACAGGAGAUUCAGUAUGUUACAAUCACUGAAAAUACAUGAGCGGAUUCACACUGGAGAGAGACCGUUCACAUGUACUCCGUGUGGGAAAGGUUUCACACAAUCAUCACACAUUAAUCAACACAUGAAGAUCCACACUGGAGAGAAAACACACAGAUGUGAACAGUGCGGCAAAACAUAUUUCAAUGCUUCAAAUCUGAAGAACCAUCUUAGAGUUCAUACAGAAACCUAUGUGGUGCUGAAGGAGGAGAGUGAAGAUGAGGAGAAACAUCAUGUCAAGAGUGAAAAUGAAACUCACACAAACACCGAACAUAGCCUUUCAGGGGAAGCAACAGACGUGAAAGGUUUCGCCUGCACUCAGUGUGGAAAGAGUUACAGUCAGAAAUCCGAUCUGAAGCGUCACUUGCUGAUCCACACUGGAGAGAAACCUUACAAGUGUUCACACUGCGACAAGAGAUUCAGUCGUUCAGGAUAUCUGAAAAUACACAUGCUGAUCCACACUGGAGAGAAAACACACAGAUGCGAUCAGUGCGGCAAAGCAUUUUUUAUUUCUGCAGAUCUGAAGAAACAUCUUCGAGUUCAUACAAAGGAGAAGCCGUAUUCAUGCGCUCAGUGUGGAAAGAGUUUUGCGCAGACGUCAAAUUUGAAGGCACAUCAGAGGAGCCACACUGGUGUGAGGGAUUUUGUCUGUUCUGAGUGUGGGAAGAGUUUUAUUACAGCUAAAAACUUGAAAAUCCACAUGAGGAUUCACACCGGAGAGAAACCGUACAAGUGUUCACACUGCGAGAAGAGAUUCAGUCUGUUAUAUACACUGAAGAAACAUGAGAGGCUUCACACUGGAGAGAAACCUUACGCAUGUUCAUACUGCAACAGGAGAUUCAAUCAAGCGUGUUCCCUUAAAUCUCACGAAUCAACUCACACUGGAGAGAGACCGUUCACAUGUACUCUGUGUGGGAAAGGUUUCACACAAUCAUCACACCUUAAUCAACACAUGAAGACUCACACUGGAGAGAAAAACACAAGUGUGAUCAAUGCGGCAAAAUUUCAGUGCUUCAAGUCUGAAGAAGCAUCUUAGAGCUCAUACGAAGAAGCUUUUUUUCAUGUUCAUGAUGUUUACACACAUCACGUCAUCCUGAAAACUCCUCUGUAUUCACAAACACCAGAUUUGUAUGUUAAUCAAAUAAAGUGCACACUCUCAAUCACAAUUAGCAUAAUUCAAACAUGUAAAUUACAGCUACACAAUCGCAUGUCCAGCAGUGCAGUGGAAUAUAUAAUUUUGUCUCCUCACACAAUUAAUUUAAGUGAAGAACGCACAUAAAUGGCCAGACUCCCUUACCUUACACCCCAUUCACAUGGGCCGUCAGCGCCAACGCUUCUCAUUGGCUGUUUCUCAAUAUGCGAUCUUCGUGUUUUCGUGUAACGUCAUCGACUUACAAAGUUCAAUUCCAAUUCCAAUACACAAGAACGCAAAUACAGAGGACGCGUGAAACUUCCCGAGGUGUGUUCUUGAUAUCGAGGAUGCAUGGAUGCUGACUUGAGCACCGAACUCGCUUUAGAAGUCCCAGAAGUCAUUGCGACUGGAAUUGGGAAGCGCAGCAUUUUAUAUAGGUUUAUUUUAUUUAUGAAAGUUCAGAGAUAUAACAUAUUUAUCUCAGGAGUUUCCCUAAAUGAAACGGUGAAAGUAAACAUUACCAUGAAAAUCUUAAUAAAAGAAUAAACAUUUAAUUACUUAAUUUAUUUGUUGAAAUUUGUAUUAAAAUCAGUUUUAUUUCUAUUGUGCAAUGUAUAUUUAUAAUGUUUUUAUGUAUAGUAUAUAUUUUGGAAGGGGGAAAAACAAAUCAUCGUAUGAAUGCUGUAAUGUUUAAAUAAUUUACCAUUUAAAACGCGAAGGUCAUGUGACCAUCAGGAAGAACGCAACAUCCCAAUUCUCAGACGACGCGUUCUCUGUUUACGUGGUCUCCAGAGAUUGUUGUUCUGAGGUGACUUGGCCAGACCGGUCUUCACAAGUACACAUAUCCGUUCUCUGCAUUCUUGGAGUUGAGAAACAGCCACUCUCUUUGAAUGGGUGACGUAACACGUUGCAGAACUGAAUUGUGGAUCCGUCGGCACUGCUUCAGUGGAGUUGCUUGCAGCAGAAGUUCAUAACGCCCCAUUCACAUAGGGCUUCAGCGUCAGCGCUUGACAGAGGGCGUGUCUGAAGUUGGGGCUGACGCGAUCGUCAUAGCAGCAUCAGCCAAUGAAAUUAGUCCACAAUUGGCAACUGUCUGAGCUUGGGUAUUUGCAUACAGCGAUCUGAUUGGCUGACGCUUCCGUAGGCUCUUGAAAAGUUGAGAAAGUCUCAAUUUCUGCAGUGAGCAAUACUACUCAAGCUGCGGUCACACUGGGCUUUUCUCCCGAUAUACUUCCAUUCAUACGCACGAGAAUGCGUCAGACCGGAAACGCAGGGUCAUGCGUUAAGUUUCGCAGUUUGCUGCGGUGCAAAGUUUAAGCUUGGUGAACUCUGACCUGCGAAAUCGCAUCACUUGACUGCGUGAGACCAAUCGAGGAUCAAAACAUGACCUUUCUGGACAGAAAUGUAAAAUGACCAAUCACUUGCGUUUUUUUAUGUCUAAUCUUGUUUAAUCCCGCCCCUUUUCGCAGCGGCGUACGACAGAAUUUUGCUCAAACUCUAGUGUGACCGCAGUUUUAAGCGGCGCCAACGGAUCCACAAUGCAGUUCGGCAACGCCUGACGUCACCCAUUCAAAUUCAAUGGAGAGCGUUGAAACUGUUUUCAAGCGCCAACGGAAGCGUCAGUCAAUUAGAUCGCUUUAUGCAAAUACCCCAGCUCAGACAGUAGCCAAUUGCAAACUAAUUUCAUUAGCUGACGCUGCUAUGAUGAUCAUCUCAGAUUCAACCUCAGACACACCCUCGAUCAAGCAUUGACGCUGAAGGGGCUUCGGCAUCAAUGCUUGAUGGAGGGCUUAAGUUGGGGCUGACGCAAUCACCAUAGUAGCGUCAGCCAAUGAAAUUAGUCUUCAUUUGCAUACAGCAAUCUGUUUGGCUGAUGCUUCCGUCAGUGCUUGAAAAGUUGAAAAAGUCCCAACUUCAGCAGCAAGCAACACCACUGAAGCAGCGCUGAUGGAUCCACAAUGCAGUUCGGCAACGUCUGACGUCACAUAUUCAAAGUGAAUGGGAAGCGUUGACGCUGACGCCCCGUGUGAAUGGGGCAUGUCAUCCUCGCCUUGAAGAAUUCCUCCCAUCCACCCCUACUCCUCCCCCUCUUUUCCUAGACUAACCAGGACAGGGAGGCACGGCGACUCAGUUAGCACAGUGGUCACUGGUUCAAGUUUCAGCUGGGUCAGUUGGCGUUUCUGUGUGGAGUUUGCAUGUUCUCCCCAUGUUGGCGUGGGUUUACUCUGGUACUCUGGUUUCCCUCUCAGUCCAAAGACAUGCAGUAUAAAUUAAUUGAGUAAUCCAAAUUGGCACCGUAUAUAAGUGUUUUAGUACUGGACAAUAAUUAACAAUUAAUAAUAUUGUGGCUCAAAAAGGUAUAUAGAUAAUUGUUUUUGGGUCUGUAGAGAGUGUGUGGGUGUAUAUACAAAGUGCCUUUAAGGCAAGUCAUUUCACUCGGCGGCCAUUUUUGAAAUGCCGCUUUGGUAUUCUGUUUGAAUGGGGAAACAUCAAAUUCUCUGAAACUACUUGCCAGGGUUAUGAUUACAUCACAUAUUUUGAAUAACUAUUAAAAUUGGUUCGCUGAUUGGCUCCUGUACUAGAGGGUGGGCAAUAUUCGCUAUAAAUUGAUCGCUGAUUGGCUCAUGUACUUGAAGGCGGGGCUUUAUUUGCCAUAUUGACAGUUACUCCUUUCCCCAAUCAAACGAGUGACAUGUCACGUGUAUUCUAUAGUCUUUGGUAUAAAGUAAUGCCUUUUGUUAAGUUUAUUCCUUUGUCUGUGUUUUUAAACUACAUUUGGAUUUUUAUUUGGUUUGCACAUGUACUUGGAGUUUGCAUGUUCUCCCCGCAUUUGCGUGGGUUUCCUCCGGGUGCUCCAGUUUCCCCCACAGUCCAGAGACAUGCGGUAGAGGUGAAUUGGGUAGGCUAAAUUGUCCAUAGUGUAGGAGUGUGAAUGAGAGUGUAUGGGUGUUUCCCAGUGAUGGGUUGCAGCUGGAAGGGCAUCCGCUGCAUAAAACAUGCUGGAUUAGUUGGUGGUUUAGUUCGCUGUGGUGACCCCAGAUUAAUAAAGGGACUAAGCAGAAAAGAAAAUGAAUGAAUGAAUGAAUGAAAGCAUUUUAAGAGGAAUUUAUUAAAUGAAUUAAAACCACAAUAUUUUAUUUAUCAGAAAUAAAAUUUAUAACAUUGCACUGAAUUCAUUAUUUUUUGUGUGCCACCCCAAGAUUUGCCGUAGCCUCAUCUGGCCACCCCUAAGAAAAUUUUCUGAGGGCGCCACAAGCUCUUGAGGCCUACCUGAGCUCAGACCCCCCCACCCCCUUCUCUUCUGAUGAAACAGGAGGGAAUGCCGGUCAAAUAUGCUUUAUUAUCAAUAAUCAACUAAGUGUGUGAACUCUAAAAGAUUCAUACAAACAUCUGUUAUUAAUUCUGUUAAUAUAAAUUUUUCAACGUGGACAAAUUGUGUAAACUGUUAUUUUAAAUUUUUAUUCUUCAAUUUUGUUAAAAGCAUUUGUUUCCAGAUUGUAGUCAGGAAAAGAUCAUUUUAGACUUGUUAAAUUUAUCUCUUGCUGUUCACAAGUUGCCUAAUAAACAGUAAUGUCUUCUCGG